CAAACACUCGGCCAAAAGGUGUACGAGACCAGGCUUAACAACUUGAAUAUUACCAACUACGAACAAUGUCAGGAUAUGAUCGUGCGUUAUCAGUUUUUUCGCCAGAUGGCCGCUUGCUUCAAGUAGAAUACGGUCAAGAAGCUGUUCGUCGUGGUACUACUGCGGUUGCUCUUCGCGGAAAAGAGUGUAUUGUUAUCGGUGUAGAGAAGAAAAACGUUCCCAAGUUACAAAAUCCUGGAAGUUUCCAAAAGAUUGCAUUAAUCGACAACCAUGUCUGCUUGGCUUUUGCUGGUCUAAACGCGGACGCUCGAAUUUUAAUUGAUAAAGCUCGUGUAGAAGCUCAAUCACACAAGUUGAACUUGGCAGAUCCGGUUUCCUUAGAGUCUAUAACCCGUUAUGUAGCUGGUGUUCAGCAAAAAUAUACACAAGCAGGUGGUGUCCGUCCGUUUGGUGUAUCGACACUUAUUGCCGGCUUUGAUGUGAAUAGCAACAUUCCUAGAAUUUAUCAGACGGAGCCGGCAGGUGUUUAUAAUGCAUGGAAAGCCUCCGCCAUCGGUCGCUCCAGCAAGGGUGCUCGUGAAUUUUUGGAAAAGAACUGGAAGGAAGACUUGUCCCGUGAUGAAUCUAUUCGACUUACAAUUAACAGCCUUUUGGAAGUUGUUCAGACUUCUGCUGGUAACGUUGAGCUUGCCAUUAUGGACCCUGGUAAAGACGUCGAAUUCCUUCCCUCUGAACAAAUUGAUUCCAUCGUCAAGGUGCUUCAACAAGAGAAAGAAGCUGAAGCUGCUCGUAAAAAAAAUGGUCGCACCGCUGCUUCUUCAACCACUACUCAAGCAUAAUUAGUUUUUCUUUCGUUCUGCAGCUCUGUUGAAAGACUUUCCUUUCUUGUAUUUUUUUUACGAUGCUCGUCUCCUAACGCCUACAAAACCUUUGUCUCAUAUAACCUUUCUUAUAACAGAUCUUAUGUAUUAGAGUUUUCAACGAUACUUUUGCGAUUGAUGUGGUUCUUAAAUAUGAUUCCCAUUACUGCCAUCA